ACUUUGGCGUAAAUUUGGAAUUUGAUCAAAACAUCUGUCAAAAAGUUUACGCUUCGUGUGACGGCGUUUUUGGUCGGUCAAUAGCGCUGAUGCGUAAACUUGCUGUCAAAUCGUUGUUACCGGCGGAUUGUUGAUGUGGAUGCCAUUGUGUGUUGUGUUGAUAUUUUAUAAAAACGUCGAAGAAAGUUUAAUAUAAUAAAAUGGACUCACUACUAAUGAACAAAUCGUGGCUCUCUGCAGUUGAAAAAGUGUUAGAGGCUUCUGAAGCUAGGGAAGCCGGUCGCCGGCCAGCAAAUCGCCGUUGCUAUUGGGUUCAACCGUUGUUUAUGGAGCGCCGGCAAAUUGGAAACGAUGUGCUAAAGCAUGUAUCUGCCGAACGUACAGGUGCGAUGCUGCUGAAAUUCCUUCGCAUGAAUAGGCAAGAUUUCGACUUUUUGGUGGGGCUUGUUCGUCCUAUGAUCGAGCGCAUGGAUACAAACAUGCGGGAAGCGAUUACUACCCAGGAAAGGGUAUUAAUCGCGUUGCGUUAUAUGGCAACUGGCGAAACGUUUACAGGCCUGCAGUAUAUGUUUCGUGUGUCUCGUCCAUGCAUUGCCCAAAUAGUAAUGGAAGUGUGUAAAUGCAUUCGAGAGGCUCUACGUGACUAUGUUAAGACGCCGUGUUCGCGACAUGAAUGGCUCGAUAUUUCUGAGCAAUUUGAACGACGCUGGAACUUUCCACAUGCAAUUGGUGCCAUCGACGGCAAACAUGUCCGUAUUCGAAAACCCAAUCACGGCGGCUCUGAAUAUUUUAAUUACAAGGGUUUUAAUAGCAUUGUGUUAAUGGAUGUAGUUGAUGCUAACUACAAUUUCCUGUGUGCUGAUGCUGGAGGCAAAGGAGGCAUUUCUGACGGUGGAAUUUUUAAAAACACUCGAUUAUAUCAAAAAUUCGAGAACAAACAGUUGAAUAUUCCGGAGCCGAAGCCAUUGCGUGUGCCGUAUGCAAUAGACGUUCCGUAUUUUAUACUCGGCGAUCAGGCGUUUGCAUUUACGGAUUAUUGUAUCCGUCCAUUUCCUGGGACACAUGCAUCGGGCAGCAUUGAACGCGUGUUCAAUUAUCGUCAUUCUCGUGGCCGUACGGUUGCCGAAAAUGCUUUAGGCCACAUAUCCAAUCGGUUCUGGAUAUACCAAACCCCAAUUCAACUUCAACCAGAAAAAGCUACUGAAGUUGUACUAACUACAAUUUAUUUGCAUAAUUUUCUCUGCAAAAGAUCGUCAAGAACUUUGUAUGCUCCUGCAACGGCAUUUGAUAGAGUUGUUGACGGGAGGCUUGUGGCAGGUGAUUGGAGGAGUAAUGACACGUUGGCUCCUUUAGAGUAUUUUUCAUCCCGGCCUUCUAAUACACUGAGAGAUAUACGUAUUCACAUGGCCAAGGACUUCGUGAACAACAAUCGUUUAAGAUAAUAAAACAAGAAACAAAACAGAUAAUUAUCCCCAUUUGGUCUUGGAAAGAAAUGAAUUUGUUUUUCUUUGUUUCCCUUCUUCAUCAGAUACUGGUCAUGUUGCGUUUUCUAUCUGAAGGGGUUAAAGAUCGAAAAAACUUGAGUUCUUUUAAAAUGGUUUGUUUCAUAACUACUACUCGCUUUUAGUGAUUAUGUAGGACAACUUACAGUAUUCAAGAAUCAACGGCGAUUAGAUCUCCACUCCGCGUGUCACUGUUGCCAGUAUUUCUGUUGCGCUGCAUGUUAGGCCACAAAUACAGCAUGAGCAUCUCUGCGUUACCGCGGUAGCGCGUUCGAAUGACAUUUCAUUUCUAUGGCUGGAUUGUUAUACGCGUUUCCGCGGGCGCGAAAACGCAAGUCGUAUAUUAGCGGCCUUAGAUAACUUUAAUUGCUCGUUGCAUUACUACAAAUGGUAUGGAGUAGUGGCGGGGUAGUUCUAGCCAAACUCGCUGCACCCAUUUUUCGGAUUUGAAUCCAUUUACCAUUCACUUACGCAUUUGAACCAGAACAGCUUCGUGUUGCUAUGGCAUCGACCCUUUAGAUGCGCGUCGUCCCGCAUAUAACGUUUGUGAUAUUAUCUUUGAGCAAGUUAUGUUUUAGCAAUACAUUUAUAUUGAUUUUUGUUAUACGAACUAUAUAGUUCGAUUG